AUGAGGAGGAUUAGGGUUCUGGGAGUGAAGGAAGUUGAGAGAGUUUACGGCGGGCGAUCGAUUCAACAACGAAGAAGCCGAUUACCCGUCUUUCCGAGAACGAGUGUCGCACAAGCAGGCCGCCGGAUAUUGUUUGUCAGGGCGCGGUACGUUAGGGCGAGCAACGUCGCCGGGAAAUUUCAGACGGUGGUCAGUGAUUUGCUGCGAUCUCUGUUCAGCUGUUCUUUCCAAGUGUCCGCCAUGCCAGCAAAUAACGCCAAUGCGCCCGUUCAUCCACCAUGGCCCCUCAAACAUGAAAUGCACGAAUCAAAUCUAUUCAGCUGUUCGUCCAAGUGUCCGCCAUGCCACCAAUUCGCGCCAAUUCGCCCGUUCACCCACCAUGGCCCCUCAAACAUGAAAGGCGUGAAUCAAGAAACGGUCCGUUCUGCCGCAUGUAAACCUAUAAAUCGCCGCUGCUACACUGCUUUCCCACAUCAAUCUAAGCUACAUUCCAGUUCAUCUAUAUCUUCAGAAGAAGUGUUCUUACAAGUGGUGGGAAUGGAGCUUGGAGUUUCUCUUGCUGCCCCCAGUGUUCAAGAGCUGGCUAGGAGCUCGAAGGACAUACCAACUAGGUAUGUACGUCCUGAACUCGAGCUGGAUCCAGUUUCUAAAGAUGAGUCUGUUCAAGUUCCAGUGAUCGACAUGAGCAAGCUGGUUGGCGGUCGUGAUGAUGAAGAAGAUGAAUUGGCUAAGCUUCAUGAGGCUUGUCGAGAUUGGGGAUUCUUCCAGGUGAUCAACCAUGGAGUUGCGGAGGAGGUGAUUCUGAAAAUGAAGGCUGAUGUUCAUGAGUUUUUCAGCCUGCCUCUGCAGGAGAAAAUGGAAUAUGCACCACUGCCUGAUGACAUCCAAGGAUAUGCCCCAUCCCACGUGGUAUCAGAAGGGCGAAAGCUAGAUUGGAGUGACUUUCUCUACAUUGUUGCACAACCUCGAGAUGGAAGAAACAUGAGGUUUUGGCCAAGAGUUCCCUCUUCUUUCAGGGAAACUCUGAACCAGUAUUCAACGGAGCUGGAAAAGCUGAAGAGUGCCUUGCUGAGUUCUAUGGCAAGGAAUCUGGGAGUCGAGCCAGAAAAGCUGCUAACUUUGUUCGAAGGUGGUCGUCAAGGUGUAAGGACAAACUAUUAUCCACCAUGUAAGCAAGCUAACAAGGUUCUUGGUAGCUCCCCACAUUCUGACGCAGCUGGAUUGACAUUAUUGACUCAAGUGAAUGAAGUAAAAGGCUUGCAAAUCAAGAGAAACGGAAAAUGGAUUCCCAUUGAUCCAAUUCAAGGUGCUUUCAUCGUUAAUGUUGGCGACAUUAUUGAGAUCAUGAGCAAUGGAGAAUACAAGAGCAUAGAGCAUAGGGCAGUAGUGAACCCUGAAAAGGUGAGGCUGUCCAUUGCAGCUUUCCACAACCCAAACUCCAAUGCUGUGAUUGGACCUUUGGCAGACAUUCUCGGUAAGGAUGGGAAGAAGCAAGCACCAAAUUCAUCUGUAUCUCCAGAAGAAGAAGAAGUGUUCUUACAAGUGCUGGGAAUGGAGCUUGGAGUUGCUCUUGGUGUCCCCAGUGUUCAGGAGCUGGCUAAGAGCUUGAAGGAGGUACCAACUAGGUAUUUACGUCCUGAAUUCGAGCUCGAUGAAGUUUCAAAAGAUGAGUCUGUUCAAGUUCCAGUGAUCGACAUGGGCAAGCUGGUUGGCGGUCGUGAUGAUGAAGAAGAUGAAUUGGCUAAGCUUCAUGAGGCUUGUAGAGAUUGGGGAUUCUUCCAGGUGAUCAACCAUGGGGUUGCGGAGGAGGUGAUUCUGAAAAUGAAAGCGGACGUUCAAGAGUUCUUCAGCCUGCCUCUGGAGGAGAAAAUGGAAUAUGCGCGACUGCCUGAUGACAUCCAAGGAUAUUCCCCAUCGCAAGUGGUAACAGGAGGGCGAAAGCUAGAUUGGAGUGACUUUCUCUACAUUUUCACGCAACCCCGAGAUGGAAGAAACAUGAGGUUUUGGCCAAGAGUUCCCUCUUCUUUCAGGGAAACUCUGAACCAAUAUUCAACAGAGCUGGAAAAGCUGAAUACUGCCUUGCUGAGUUUCAUGGCGAGGAACCUGGGACUCGAGCCAGAAAAGCUGCUAUCUUUGUUCGAAGGUGGUCGUCAAGGUGUAAGAACGAACUAUUAUCCACCAUGUAAGCAAGCAGACAAGGUUAUUGGUAGCACCCCACAUUCUGACGUAGCUGGAUUGACAUUAUUGACUCAAGUGAAUGAAGUACAGGGUUUGCAAAUCAAGAGGAACGGGAAAUGGAUUCCCAUUGAUCCCAUUCAAGGUGCUUUCAUCGUUAAUGUUGGCAACUUUGUUGAGAUCAUGAGCAAUGGAGAAUACAAGAGCGUAGAGCAUAGGGCAGUAGUGAACCCUGAAAAGGAGAGGCUGUCCAUUGCAACAUUCAACAACCCAAACUCUAACGCUGUAAUUGGACCUUUGCCAGACAUUCUCGGUAAGGAUGGGAAGAAGCAAGCACCAAAGUACAAAUCCAUGUCGUUCCAGGAAUAUAUGGCGGAACGACUUCGUGAAAAGAAAAAAAAAUAUUAUGCUUAGGGAAAGCCCGAAAGCCGACGGCAAGAUGAAGUUGCAAACUGAAGCUGCACAAUGAACACAAUCCCCUCGGUCAAAAAGGAACUGCAAAGUGUCGAAUGAUGUCAAAUGGAACCUUGUUGUUUCGGAUUGAGAAUAACCAUUAGUAGUCAGUAUUCAGACUCUGUAACCCAGUACCAUAACUAAGCAAAAGAUUGCAACUUUAACUAGAAAUCACAAGAAGACCCAUCCUGCAGCUGUCUAAUGACGACCUUGAUAUCUUUCUGAGUCAUGAUUCGGGGAAGGUGGAUGUGG